AUGGGUCUUUCUCACAUACUUAGUCGUGUGUUAUUUCUUACUGAUACCUGUGCCGUUAUGCAGAUGGACGCCCUUUUGAUGCUUCUUUGUUCUUACCGAUCCAUGAAUGUCGCAUAUAAUCUGCAAUCGUCAAACACAUUUGCUGAGAUUGUUGAUUAUGUUUGUUCGAAGUUUUCCGGACUCCUGCCGGGAAAUUUCCAGUUGUUCUAUAAGAUUCCCGGCUAUAACAACUUCUCCUUACAGAAUGAUGUCGACCUGAAGAAUAUGGUUUGCCUUGCGCGCUCGUUCCAGUUGCAGUUAAUUGACGUGGUCAUUGAACAGCAUCCUCGUCGGGAUGAUAACAUUCCUGCCAUUGACCCAAUGAUAAUCCAAGAUCAAGGCACAACGGGGGAUGCACUACUUAAUGAUUUCGGAAUGGAUGAUGAAACCGACCUGCUGCAAUCAUUUUGUCCCCACAAGGAGAAAGUCUUCCUUUCCGCUCCAUGGACAAAAGGUUUUACCCACAUUGGACAACAUUUCGAAGAUGGGGCUUUUGAAUUUCGCAAUGUACUACGGAAAUACGCCGUUGAAUGUGGGUUCCAGAUCAAAUUUCUGAAGAACGACUCCGUUCGGGUAACGGCUAUAUGUGCUAUGAACGAAUCGAAGUCUUGCACGUGGUCUGUGCACGGACGGAAAUUGGAGGCAAACGGAUUUUUCUACUUACGAAAAUGGAACAGUGAACACAUUUGUGGCGUGGCUGUGCGUACGUCCACACACCCACUUGUUGGGUCUGAUCUUGUGGCCGACAUUGUAUCUGAACGUGUGCGUGAUAGACCACUAACCCGUCCGACCGAAGUGAUAUUGGACUUGAAACAAGAUUACGGGCUCGAUAUAAGUUACCGGGUGGCCUGGCUCGGUGUUGAAAAAGCGAGGGGAGAAUUGUUCGGUGCACAUUCCAUUUCGUUUGACCAGUUACGUUGGUAUAGCAACGCAGUAUUGGAACACAACCCCGGGACCUACAUUAACAUCGAAUACGAUGAUCACACCCAACAGUUCAGACGCUAUUUCAUUUCAUUCAAAGCAUGCAUCGACGGGUUCCACCAUUGCCGCCCUUUGCUUUUCCUAGACGCCACGUUCCUCAAAGGCCGCUUCAAAGGUUUUCUACUUGCGGCCACUGCAAAAGACGGCAACCAAGGUUUGUUCCCGCUAUCAUAUGCGGUGGUGGAUUCCGAAAACACCUCAAACUGGUCUUGGUUUCUUCAUCAUCUCGCGCAGGUGGUUCAUGGUGACAGACCUCUAACAUUCGUAUCGGAUCGGAACCUUGGUUUGCUUGAGGCAAUGCCCACCGUAUUUCCGAAUGCAGAACAUGCAUUCUGUCUACAACAUUUGCAGAGGAACUUAAGGGACAGGUUGCGUUACACAAACAGUAUGCAUCGGGCAGGUUUGGUUAGCAAAUUACGACAUUGCGCAUACGCACCAACUGUUACCGCUUUUAACCACAGAGUAGAACAAUUCCAAAAAUCGGGCAGGGGGCGACGUUACGGCGAAAUGUGCUCAAAUGCUGCAGAAUCAUUCAACUCAUGGGUCCGUGAGGCCCGUAACCUCCCAAUCACAAGAAUGGUUGACAGCAUACGGACCAAAUUGAUGCGACAAAUGCCCAUCGGUCACUGUUGA